AUGUCCAUAAUCCCAAGCGACGAUACACACUACAUCCGCUCCCUCCUUUCGUCUCCACCGUCCACCGAAUCCCCAGUCAUCUCACGCACCAUCACCACCCUCCAGCUCCAAUCCCACAUUGAAGGUGGCUAUUUCCACGAAACAGACCGUGACCCCCUUCUUGUGCCCAACCCAUUCAAAAACCUUCCGCUGUUGACGAACGCCACUUCAACGGACACGUCCGACACCAGGCACGCGUCGACGACAAUUUACUAUUUCUUGAGUCCGAAAAGUCCCGUAGGGCGAUUCCAUCGCAACAGGGGACGGACAGUGCACACUCUGCACUGGGGACGAGGACGCUAUGUGAUCUUGCAUUUUGACCAGAGGGAUCCUGUGAGCGGCGAAGUCCCCGUGGAGACCUUUGUCGUAGGCAAGGAUAUUGAGAAGGGGGAGAAGCUACAGUGGAUCGUCGAGGGUGGGAAGUUCAAGGCGAGUUUUCUGCUCCCCGACGAAGAGGGCAGCGACAACAGGAGUAGCGGCCAAGGGUUAUUGAUUAGCGAGACGGUCGUUCCGGGCUUUGAUUACGCGGAUCAUGACUUUAUGACCGCCGAACGGAUGGCCGAGGCGCUGGGCAAGGAACACAGAGACGAGUUACGGUGGCUGUUGAACACGGACGAGCAGCGUCGCUUGAAGGGAUUGCUCAAGGAAAUGGCCAAAAAGUAG